GCAAUUCCCCAAAGAAAGGGUGCGAUCUCGCAUCGCCGUUUUGCUCACCCAGCCCAGUUCAAUCGUUGCUUGCUCUCUCGCAGUGUAAUCUUUCGCUCUCUCGCUCUCUCUCUGAGUAGCAGUCAUGGCCAGUUCUGCCACCGCUUCCGCCGUUCGCCGGCUGGUUUCCAAGGUCGCCACCACCGCUCCCACUUCUGCUGCCACAUCUGGUACCAGGCAGUUUCACGCUACGGGGGCGAAGAGGUAUAGCAACGAUUACAUCCAUGCCGAUCACAUGUACGACAUUACCGCGAUGAAGAACCGUAAGUUGAAGAUGGCUGUUGGUACCUUCGGCGCUCUGGCAAUCGGUAUCGUGGUGCCUAUCUGGGCUGUGCAGUUUCAAAUGAAGAAGCAAGGUGGUGGUUUGUGAACUUAGCCAGUUCAAUAAUAUCGUUGCAGCCAGCUUGAUGGCAUGCUCUGAACCAGUAACUUUAGAGACAGAGUUCUCUCUUUCUGCCAAGAGUCUAACUGUGGACUUGAUAGUUACUAAAUAAUCAUUAAAUUUCUUUCCUUCUCAGUACUA